AUGAAAAAUCAAAAUAAUGACAAGAUAAGUAAUCUGAAGGAUUUGGUGCCCUUCUAUAAGAAAGACAAUGAAAAACUGAACGAAAAUACAGAAGGUAUUGUGUAUUCAGUAAAAAAGAAAUUUAACUUUAUCAAGGAAAAAGGGGAAACCACAUUUAAUAAGUAUGAAAACACUAAGAAAAAUUUAGACCUCCUUAAUCGGGAAUUAAAACUGAACAAAAUUUCCCUAGUGCAACAAAAAAUUGAACACGAGGAACUAAAAUCGAAAAAUGAAGACAUAUUAAACAAAUUCGAAAAUCUCAAGCAUUCUAAGUAUACAUACCAAAUAAUGUUACAAAGGGUUAAGAAAGAAAAAAAGAUGUUAUACUUCUACUUGAACUCCUUAGAAAGAACAGUUACGAGUCUUAAAAAUAGUGAACGACAACUUCAUAACACCAUUCAAAAAAUUACAUCAGAAAAUAAAAAUUUGAAAAAAUCUAUCGAUGAGAAAAAAACGGAACUUGUGAAAGCGAAAAAUAAAAAUGAAGAAAUACUCAAAUAUAUGAAUGUCAAUAAGGAGCAUAGCAAUAUACUAAGGAUACGAAGGGAAAUGAUCAACGAAUACAAAAACAACAAACUGCACAACGCAGAUAUAGCUUUCAUGGUGAAAGAAAAAAAAAAAUUCAAGAAACUUCUCAUUUACUACUUGUUAUACAACAAUUACUUAAAACUGAGCGCGUCCAACAUCUUUGAAAAUGCAAGCAACAUAUAUGCCACAAUAUCCAAGCUGAGGGAAGCAACCGGAGUUACGGAUAUUUAUGACAUAAAUCAAAAGUUUCUAGACAUUGAAAAUAAAAAAAAUUUGUUGCAAAAGGAGGAAGAGUCAUCACAGAAGAAGCUCGAAGAUGCCAUUAAAGAAUAUAUAACCCUAAAUAAUGAAAUUAUAAACACAUUUUCAGAGGACAAAAAUAUAUUAAAGAAGAAAAUUCAAAAUGAGAAGGAAAAGAUAUCAGAGGAUAUGUAUGAUCUGUACAAGCUUGUCUUCGCAAGUGAAAAGGAACUUGAAGACAUUAACAUCAAGAUGGACAAAAUAAAAAAGUUCUUAGAGAAACAAAAUAAUUACUUUAACUCAAUUAAUAUGGAGGAAAAAGUUGAAUUUCACUCCAAUGAAGAUAUGCUACAGUACAUAAAAAAUUUAAAGCUAGUAAUAGAAAUACUCAUGCGGAUAACUCAGAAAAACCGAGAAAAUGGAAAUAUCAGCAGAUCCUAUAAAUCAUUGGAAUUCCUAGAAAUUAUAAAGUUGUACAAAAACGUUGACUUCCAUAAGAAUAUGUGCAGAGUUGAUGAUUCCUUGGACCUUGAGAAUACUAUAAAACUUGGUACACAUUUUUAUACUGUGGGGGAUCAUUUAUGCAAACAUUCACCAAUACGUUCUAUGGGUUUAUGUAUAUAUACAAAUAUAUAUACAUACAUAUAA